UUGGUUUUGCAGAAAUUGGUUUACAAUGACAGCCAAGUGACAGAGGAAUUUAUUGAAACAGAGUAUUACAAAGAUCUUAAUUGCAUUGACAAGCAGCACCACACGACAGGAACAGGAUUUAUCAAAGUGGAGAAUAAUGGGAACACUUUCAAUAUAGGAGCUGAUUCUGCUACUGAUCCAAGCCAUGUUUACAAGGGGAAUCCAGCUACUAAUGAUUGGAUUCCUUCUGCUGUUGAUGAGGUAUGA